AGACUACACAGCUAUCGCAUGCUCAGCCCACAAAGAGAAAUAGUAUUGGCGAGGCAGGGCAGCGGGGCAGAGGUGCAGAUGAAAAGAGUCUAGAGAAAAUACUUUUUCAAGCUCUGAAUAUACAACGACCAGACCUCCAAAAUAAAUAUGAAUGGACAGAAGCAGUGGACACGGGUGGCCGUGAUGGCACUCCUGGUGCUAACGGUGAUGGCAGCUGAAGGCGGCAAAGCGGAGAAACAAGGAAAGAAGGAGCGCAAGUCAGACUGUGGGGACUGGCAGUGGAGUGUGUGCGUAGCCAACGAAGGGGACUGUGGACUCGGCACCAGGGAGGGAACACGCACCGGAACCGACUGCAAGCAGACCAUCAAGACCCAACGCUGCAAGAUCCCCUGCAACUGGAAGAAGAAGUUUGGAGGGGAAUGCAAGUACGACUUCCAGGCUUGGGGGGAGUGCGAUCUGGCGGCAGGCAAGAAGAACAGGACGGGCGUGCUGAAGCGAGCGCUCAUGGAUGCGACCUGCGCCGCCACUGUCACCGCCACCAAGCCCUGUGGGAAAAUCCCCAAGACUAAGCUGCAAGAUGCAAAGAAGCAAAAGAAGGAAGGCAAGAAGCGAGACCGCACCCAAAUGGACUGAUGAGGUUGCGUGCCCGCCCCCGGGAGGAGGGAAGAAGAGGGUGGAAAGAUCGUCCGCUGUCCUAUUUCCACACUCUUUGUGUGUCCUGUCGGUUGACAGUAGGAGCCUAUAGAGCUUUGACAAACCCAGUGGAAACAUGACGUUUAGUGACAACAUGUUUUACUUUUUCUUCUUUCUAGCACCCGAUGAGAAACAACUUGUAUGUUGCGAUAGGAGAUGUAAUCGUCAGUGGUUUCGGGAUGAAUAAUGAAUAUGGAAGAUAUUUGUUUUCUAGUGUCUCACAUAAUGUAAUUUCUAGGAUUAUUUUCUUACCAACAAAUUGAAUAGGAUUUGUUGUAUAGCUGCAUAGCCUAACUCUAAUUUGGAAAGCUCUUCGGUCCAUGCUUUGACUUAAUGAAAGCAGCUCGUUGUAAGUUAAGCUCUGAACGUCUUCACUUAAUUAAUUUGUGCAACAAAGGAAAAAAAGCAUUUGCAGUGCAAGUUUCUCAAGGUAAUGGUAAGGUUUCUCUCCAUUCCUCUAUGCUUUAUGAAAUUCUUCUUCCAUUUCCAGUAACAAUAAAUGUAAUCUGACUGGAGGCUGCAUGAUUAGCAUAUGUACAAGUGUGCAAACUACUCCUGUUUUUAGUGUGUUUUCCUCCUGCUGCUCUGUUGUACCUCAAUUUAUACCCUCUGAUUCUUAAUCUCCAGCUCUUGGCUAUAAAAAAAAAAAAAAAUCCUCCCCAAUUGUAGUCCUCAGUUGGAGUUAACAUUCCCUUUGUUUCCUUUUUCCAAAAAUAAAAAAUUUGAAGCCAGAAAAGAUAUUUAUUUGGUACCUUGUGCGUCCUCACAUGCCAUAAACGAGACGAGACAUUUCAAAAGAUUUAAAACACAUUUCAUAUAUCUUUAUUUGAGUUCCAUUCUGAGAAAAAAAUGGCACAAUGUAACCACUUAAUGCAGUUCAUCUUACAAUGUCAUAGGUGGCCAGCGAUAAUAACACUCGGAUUCAUUGUCCAGAACAAAUAAUCAAUCAAGAAUGCAUCAAAAAGGAAAUCAAUACCAUUGUUACUGUACAGGAAGUAUCAUAGUGGGGGAGGGGGAGAGGAGAAUAAAUGAGGGUUUUUUUGGGUGGAGGAAACAUUCAGAUAGUAGCUAUUAAAGACGUGUAUGUACAUUACAAAUGUACCGCAUCCGAAUUACAUGUAAUAUAUUAUCAUAUAGAUAUAUACAAUUCAAACAAUAGACUGUCAAAUGUAUUGUUCCUAUUGCAAGAGAAGCCACAAGCCACAGUGAGUGAAUACACAAAGAACAUCUAUAUACUUAAGCAAAUGAAAAAUGUAUGCACUUGUAUGUACAUUUAACACUUGCAGCAGGCUACAGAUUUUACUUUUUAUUUUUUUAUUUACCGAUUUAGUUUCAAAUCCACACGUCAACCGUGACCCUUGAAGCUGAAAACGG